AUGGAUUUCGACGCCGCUUGGUGUCCCGCCUGCGACAGGCAGAUACAGCCCAAGCGCUAUACCAUCUCCGUUCCAGUCACCUCGAACUCCUCCACCACCACCCCGCCCCCGCCCCCGCCCUCAUCACCCCGCAAGACAAAGGGCAGGACUGGCGGUCUUGUCAAUGGCACGGGCAGACUCCGCCAUAAUGGCACCAUCAAGCCCGCGCCCCCCGCGGUUGUCCUCAAGCAGCGGCUCGUCAUCGACCAGGGCCCGAUCCCCCUCUACUGCUCAGACGAGUGCCAGAUCGCCGAUCUCAGCUCCCACCGCCGCGAAGAACACGCCCCGCUCGAUCCCGCCCGCGAGGAGCCAGCGAACGCCCAACCAUUAUCCCCUUCCCCGCCCUCCUCCGCGGACAAGUUUGUCCAGAUGUACAACCUCCCCGCCCUCCCCCCGCCGAUGCCCACCUUUGACGAGGAGGCAACCGCCGUCGUCUCCGAGCCGACGCUCGAGUAUACCAACGGUAUCAUCAUGGCCGGCCGUCUCAUCUCGUCCCUCUGCCCGCCUCCCGCCCCGCCGCACACCGGCAAGUACAAGCCCGCCCGCGAGCCCCGUCAGCCGAUCCCUGGCUGGAACGACGGCUCGAAUGCCUGGCGUGCCGCUGUCUACAGCACGGGCAAGCCGAAAAACACGCUCCAGGAUCCUUUCCUUCAGCAUCGCCGCGGUGACUCUGUGACUUCCCCCUCUCCCCUGCGCUCCGCCUUCUCCGCUGCCGGAUCUGCCCCCAAGCGCACAGCGUUCACCCGCAAGGCCAUGUCCUCGUGCUCCCUCAGCCUCGCCUCUGCGCCGGCAACCUUCCACCACGCCCCCAACCCUGCCGCCCUCAUGUCCAAAUUCUCCGAAAACUUUAUCCGCCGCUCCGAGUCCCGCGUCUCCCUCUUCAACCCGUCUUCCCCGCCUUCCGCCCUUUCCACCGCCACCCCAUCCUCUCCCGUAUCUACCCACUCCAUGCCUCUCCCAACCUCGCGCAGAGAGAAGGAGUUGGUCCACCCUAAUGCCAAGGGUAAGCUUCUGGUACCCGAUGUCAAGCUGCGAAUGAGGGGAGGAUCGGCGUCAAGUGUUUCUAGUGCAUCACUCAGCAGCGCGUGGAGCGGCCCGAGUACCGUGGCGAGCUCCAGCUCGCCGAGCAGGAGCGCCAGGAGUCCCCUGUCGGCACCGAGCGAUAGCGAUGAGGACACGGAGCGAUGCGAUACCAUUCUUCCCCGCCCUCGCCGCCCAGUCGAGACCACCCGCUCGUGGUCAUAUGACAAUGUCAAGACCUACGAUAUGAUGCCGAUCCCGCUGAAGAAGGUGAAGAAGAUGGAGAAGCGGAUAGUGGACGGUGUCGAGGUCGAAGAGGAGGUCGAGGUCGAGGUGUACGAGGAGCCCAAGCGCCUCUUUUUGUUUGCGCCGACGAGGAUAUCGGAGUGA